AGUGAUCGAAUCUAAUUGGAACCAACGACUGGCAAUCAAAGUUGUCUUUCAUCUACUUACAAUAGUUUCAUGACGGAGAAUGGUCACACAAUAGAUGAGGUCUCGCCUUUGUUGGGGAAUCGACCACAGGAAUAUAGUACAGGUAAUCAGCAGCAGUUCCCCGAGACAGGGAAUGGAGAAAUGGCCGAACGAUCCGACGUCGAUUCUCGCCGCCACUUCCUUCGCAAACUUUCCAACCACUGGAUUCCGAGCCCAUGGGAUGUGACGUCUGUUGUUUCCGAGCCCAUCCUGAAAAGCCCAGGCCAUCCUACUACACGAACAGCAAAGUCGCAUCACAAGUCUUACAGCCGCCAAGCUCGUUCUUUAAAACGCCGUGUGUUUUUGUGCUUGACCGAACCCGACACGUCCAUCGCCAGCGCCGUAUUUUUCUUCGUACUCGUCAUCAGCAUCACGUUAAUGAAUGUUGUCAUGAUGAUGCAAACCAUGCAAGCUUUCCAGUUCACGCCAACGGACUGUCGAACGUGUGGAGGUCCGGUAACGUACCUAUUCGACGACGACAAUUUCAUCGCCAUGCCCGACACCGGAGCGGUGGUGGAAUGUGUCUGUCCCCCGACGCCACUGGGUUGGACCGUGACUGUCCUCAAUGCAAUGGUCUACUUUUUCACGUUGGAAUGGACGCUGCGGGUGUUGACGUUCGAGCCGCCCCUGAAUGAAAAAGCCCCGCACGGUUGGGGCUUUGUCUUGCAGUGGUUAGGACACCUCACUUCCACCAGCACUAUGAUGGAUGCCCUGGCUAUCUUUCCGUACUAUAUGGAACUGACUUUUGAAACGAACGGCCUCAUGAGUUUGCGCCUAUUGCGUCUCUUCCGGGUCUUUCAAUUGGUCCGUCUGGGUCAAUACAACUCGACGUUUACGUCUCUGAUUAACGUUUUGUCGCAAAGCUUGCUCUACCUUAAGCUACUGUUGGGAGUGCUGCUCUUUGGGGCCGCGUUUUUUGGUAGUAUGCUGUACUGGCUGGAAAAGGGCGACUGGGAGUACUUCGAAGGGGCACAGUCUUACCAAUUUGUUCGCUACGACCGCAAUCACGAGCCAGAAGUGUCGCCGUUUACAAGCAUCCCGGAAACGUUUUGGUGGUUCCUUGUCACAGCCACAUCGGUGGGCUACGGUGACACCGUACCGACCACAACAGCCGGAAAGUGGGUCGGCGUAUUCGCCAUGCUGACGAGUGUCCUAGUCAUUGCCUUUCCCGUAUCAGUGUUCUCCGAACUCUGGCAAAAGGAAUUGCGAAAAACUGGGGCUCUCCAGGCGCUCGAAGAAGAUGACGAUGAUGACGACGAAGAAGAUUUGGAUCCGAUGACGCUUGCCAGCUCGAGAGCAAACACAUUUUCGGAUAGCGACAUUAAGCUGUCGGUCAUUCCCGAAACGUAUCCUCCUCCAGAGUACCGCCGACAGCCCCAAGGUAGUUUGGAAUCAAUGGAUAACGAAAGCUCAUCUUCGUUAUUUUGUGACAACGGCGAUUAUGUUCGUAUCCACAAGGACGAUUUGGCCGAUUUGCUCUCCCAUGUUCAAAGUAUUCGGGAAAGUCAGCGCCAAAUUCGCACUUUGAUGCGCAAAUAUAGUCCGAAGACGGCAACCAGGCGAUAG